UUCCACUGAUAAGGGACUGAACGCUCUGACAGGAGUUGAAUGUUGUUAUCUGUGUUCACCAGAGGGAAUGAAAACGGGGCUGCAUAAAGUGAACUGAAACCAGGAGUAGGACUGAUAAUUAAGUGGUUAGUGGGUGAUGACAACCGGGAAGUAUUAGAACAAGUUUCUUUCGGUCAGAAUUUCAGACUCUGGGAUUGUUCUCUUAAGGCUGAUAUGACUAUGAUGUACAACACACUGAUCAUUCCCUUCCCAACAAAAAGAAAUAUUGUUGUGAUGUAACACAUUUUAUUGCUGAAGAAUGCGUAAUACUGGUGUUGCGAGGGCGCAGGGUUGUUUCUGAUGAAGGCAACAUGAUGAAGUGUCAGAUUAUAUCUUUGAGGACACACUAGCUGAAGGAGGAGUCCAACUAUAAUUUAGAUAUAUGAGCUGUGAGCAUUCAUAAGCACCACACAGACAAGAAGCUGAAUGAAGUGAAAAAUGCUGAAAUUAAGAAUCUGGGAUUUCUGUUAAUUCUCUGUUACGCCCUAUCAGCAGUCUUAUUGGAAAACACCAUGAUGACGAGGAAAUGGAUUCUGAUACUUCCAUCUAUUGUCUUUGGCUGUUCUAUUUUCUAUAACUGUAGUAGACAUCAGGUAAAUAUACGUGCAUUUAUGCCAAAGUUUAGUAUACUACAGUCUAGUAUUGCACAGUUUAAGAGCGACAGCCAACAGAAAUCUAAAAGUAUUCCCAAACCUUUAUCAGAGGUUGAGUCCAUAUACUGGGCUGUUGUAGAAUAUCAUCAACGCUCUCAGCUGGGCAGCUUUAAUUCAAGUACUAAAGCUAGAAACAGCCGGUACUACAUUUUAGACUCUUCUGCAAAUUUCAGCACUGGGGACAUUCUCAGGGUUUUUGUCGAAACAUUUAACCAGCUUGGACAGAAGCAGACAUAUGGCGGAGACUUUUUAAUAGCAAGAGCUUUCAACACUGAUUUGCAGGCAGGUGUCAAAGGGUCAGUACUGGACAUGAAUGAUGGCAGUUACUUAGUGACUUUCCCCUUAUUUUGGCAAGGGAAUACUAGAAUUUCCAUCAGACUGUACCACUCGGCUCAGGCUGCAGCAGUUAUCCGCAAGCUUCGUGAGAACUAUCCCCACAGAAUGGCGUACAGGGGAAUUUUCAUUUCUCAAGGCCAAAGAGAAACCAGUGAUUGUUACUUUGAAGCACGACAUCCUGGCCCCAUUUGUGAUUUCAGUGAUUUGAAUUCUGGGGUGCAGUGGAUCUGUGGAAAGCCACCUUCCCUGAGCUGUGACUACUUUCGGCACAUGGAAAAUUACUUGAAUGAGAGCAAUAUAUUAAGCAAGGAUGAAGAAAUGUUACUUGAAAGCAGCAAUAUCCUGACAGAAGUAACACCAGGUGGAGCUGCAUCAGUCUUUGUUCAUAAACAGGAUUUAAAAUCUACUUUUGGUCAGUGCCACAUUCAGUCCCUGAAACCCAACAGCUUCAGUGGGUUCUUUCUCAACAAUCGCUGGAUACCAAGCCACUGUCAGAUACAAUACUUUGAUUCACCUGAUAAAACUGUCCAGUGUUUGAAAGGAAAGAAGGUGUUCUUGAUUGGUGAUUCAACUACUCGCCAGUGGUGGGAGUAUCUUCUACAUCAUAUUCCAAGUCUGAAAGCUGUCGAUGUUGGCAGACACGAAUGGUAUUCUGAACACCUGGCAAUAGAUGUGGCAAAUGAUAUUGUCGUUCAGUGGAAGACACAUGGCAUGCCGUGGCAAACUGGUGGAGAAAUUGUGUUCUUCGACUUGCACCCUGCAGUUAAUCAGAUCAACACCAUCUUUGGAGGGCCAGAUGUUGUUCUUGUUUUUACUUUUGGACCCCAUUUUUCUCCCUUUCCACUUCGAAGGUAUAUAAGAGCAUUAAUAAAGGUUAGAACAGCACUACAAAAGCUGCUGAUAAGAAACCCGGAGACUAUAGUAAUACUAAAAAACACUAACACUAGGAAGGUUUACAGUGACAUUUUGCACCGCAGUGACUUGCUAUCUUCUGACAUGAACAAAGCUUUCAGUAUGGUGUUUAAAGGCAUGAAGGUUGGGUUUGUAGAUGCUUGGGACAUGACUGUAGCAUAUGACUCAUGGGACAUCCACCCUUCUUCAGGUGUAGUUAAGAAUGAGAUAGACCUAUUUUUGUCCUAUGUCUGCCAUGAAUAAAGCUGUCCAAAACUGCAUGAGUGUAUCAAGCAUUUUAUGCAACAAAGGUUGCACUCUCCUUGCUGUAUGGCAUAAUCCAGGGUAUGCAAAAAUAUUUUGCAAAUGGUUAUUCUUUGACCUCUGAUACAUGACAGGAUGCUACAAUAAACAUGGCCAACCAGACUGAAGAACUUUGUAUGAGCUGUACUGAGAAAGCUGCCAAGGGCCAAGUUUCAUAGCAUGUAUCUACAUGGGGUCUAGUCUGUCCCUAAAACAAUUUUUUUGUUAAACAUGGAAGCUAAUCUAUCAAAUAAUGAAAAAAUAAGAUUUGUUUUUAAAUGAAAUACAAAUGUUAUUCCUCCUGAAGGGAGGCUUGCUGCAAGACUCACCACGGAGAUUAAUUCUUUGUAUUGUCUAGUUUUAGAAAUUCUUGUUGACCCAUAACUUCAGACAAUCUGAAGUACAGGUUGGAUAACAAAGACUGCUCUACCAGAAAUGGAUUAUUUGGAACUUAAAAACAGGCUUGUCUGAUAUGUAGGUCUUACUGAAUUACCAAGAAAUAAUGUGAUGAAGUUCACUUUGGGAACUGCUUAGCCAUACCAGCCACUUUUUAAAUGACAUUGUGUUUGAAGGUUGAACCAGAAAGUGGUCUAAUACAAUCAGUGCCCUGAUAAAAAAAAUGCAAAUAAAAAAAUAAAUAAAUGUAUAUAGUUGCCUAUGAA